ACAAGAAAACACCAUUUCUUUUUAGCAUUGUAUCCUAUGUCCAUAUUAUUGUUAACCUUUUGCAUUUUUGCAUUAUAGACAAUGCACAGAACCUGUUCCCAAAUGCAUGGACUAGCUCUACCCUUCUUGCAGAAUGCAGGCUAAAUUAUCUGUUCAUUACAUUUAUUUCUCUGUGCAUCUUGCAUUUAAACAUACCAACCACUCAAAUCUGUGUAUGUAGCUCUAGACAAUUUUUUUUUCCUUUAUAUCUAGCCAAGUCUUUUGCUUUAGUACUAUCGUUUGCAUCAUGGGGAAGAUUGGAGGAAGUUCUUGGCUGAGUGCAGUUAAAAGGGCUUUUAGGUCUCCUAGUAAAGAGAAUGAUAAGAGAGGCAGCAGAAGGAGAGAAGAUCAUGAACAAGAGGAGGAAGAAAAGAAGAGAGGGAAAAGAAGAUGGAUUUUCAGGAAAUUUUCAAAUCAAGAAACAGUAAUACACCAUUGUGAAGCAAACGCCACUAACAAUAUUACAGAAACCACCAAUGAUGUUGCUGCUAAUAAUAGUAUUAGUUCUGAAGCUGCUGAUGCUCAGCAAAGACAUGCCCUUGCAGUGGCCAUGGCUACAACAGCAGCUGCACAAGCAGCAGUUGCGACAGCUCAAGCAGCUGUUGAAGUUGUUAGACUCACAAGGCCUCCCCUUUUUGUCAAGCAACACUUUGCUGCCAUUGCUAUACAAACAGCUUUUAGAGGAUAUCUGGCAAAGCGAGCUCUUAAAGCACUUAAGGGGUUAGUGAAGCUGCAAGCCUUAGUGAGAGGCCAUAAUGUUAGAAAGAGAGCAAAAAUGACUCUUCAGUGCAUGCAAGCGAUGGCGAGGGUGCAAUCUCGGGUGUGUGAACAGCGUAGAAGGCUUUCCUAUGAGGGCAGCACAAAUUCCAUCUCCAGUGAUCCAAAUAGCUUGCGGGGAUCAAAUCUUGCUGAGAGGAGAUCUACUUGUUGGGAUGGAAGCAGCACUGCUGAUGAUUGGUUUCAUUGCAAUUACCAUCCUAAAACACUUGAGGAAAUUCAGUCAAUGUUCCAGGAAACAAAGGAAGUGGUUGCCUUGAAACGUGAAAAGGCUCUUGCUUAUGCUUUCUCUCAACAGAUAUGGAGACCAGGAAGAGACUCAUAUGCAAGUGAAGGAGAGGUAGAAAAGAACCCAAGAUGGCUUGAAAGGAGGGGAACGAUAAAGGAAUGGGAGGGAAGAGGGAUUGCAUUCCGUGAUCAAUGUCACAGCAGAGACCAUGUCAAAACUGUUGAAAUGGACACCUCUAGACCUUACUCUUACUCAUCACCUAAUGCUCAUAAAUUGCAUCAACAUUAUCACUACCAACAACACAGGCCUAGUUCAUAUUCAGCUACCUCUCCUCUUCAAAAAAACCACAACAAUCUCUCACAACCAACCACACCAUCCGUAUCCAAAACAAGAGCACUACUUCAAGUCCAUUCAUCCAGUCCUCGUUUCCUAAGAGAAAGCAGAAACCAUGUAAUGGGAGAAACUACUCCAUCCGCUACUUCAAAGCCCAACUACAUGGCUGCCACUGCAUCUGCCAAGGCUAGAAUUCGAUCACUAAGCGCACCAAGGCAGAGAGCUUCAACCCCGGAAAGAGAAAUAUCAGGUUCAGCCAAAAAACGCCUGUCUUUUCUAGUGCCUGAUCCGGCAAAUAGCAAUGAGGGUUCCAUGGUUAAUGAUUAUAACCUGAGGAGCCCAAGUUUGAAGGGCAUUCAUGGAGCCAAUAUGGUAAUGGAGCAAAGGUCUAACAUGUCUUCUUGUUACACAGACAGCAUUAAUGAUGAGGUCUCUCCUCCUUCAACUAAUGAUCUUAGCAGGUGGUUAAGGUCUAAGGUGACUGAUGAGGACCUAGGAGGGCUAGAAAGCAGCGGCAAAGAAUCGGCGGCAGCAGGAAUUCCAGGCAGGAGAGCCGGUGCAGGAGUCCUUGCAGGGGUGAAAAUUUAUGAAAAAAGUUGUAAUUUUAAAACCACAUGACAAUUUUUUAUUUAUGUACAAGCACUUAAUUAUCUCAAACUUAUUAAUGCUUUUCCCUGCUUCUAAUAAAUCAAGAUGACUAAAUUAAAAGGA